AUGAAAAUAUGCAUGGCAUCAGACUUCUUUUACCCAAACAUGGGUGGAGUUGAGGAGCACAUAUUUAAUCUAUCGCAGUGUUUGCUUGCCCGGGGACACAAAGUGAUCGUCAUUACGCACUCGUACGGUGACCGGAAAGGCGUCCGCUACAUGACCAAUGGGUUGAAGGUGUACUACAUUCCGAUCCGGGUGUUCUACAAUCAGGUGGUGCUACCGACGAUGAUCUGCAACAUUCCACUGCUGCGGUACAUUUUGCUGCGGGAGCAGAUUGAAAUCGUGCAUGGCCAUUCCGCGUUCAGUACGCUAGCACACGAAACGAUGAAUGUGGCGAAGCUGCUUGGAUUAAAGUCGGUGUUUACGGAUCACAGUUUGUUCGGGUUCGCUGACUUGUCGGCGGUGGUAACGAACAAAUUCUUGGAAAUUUCACUCGCCAACUGUAACCAUUGCAUCUGUGUGUCACAUACGGGGAAGGAAAAUACGGUUCUACGUGCGAAAGUGCUCCGGGAUAAGGUGUCCGUAAUACCGAAUGCGGUCGAUACGGCUUACUUUACACCGAACCCCUGCCGACGACCGAAUGAUGAUGAAACAAUUAACGUUGUCGUAGUAUCCCGCCUAGUGUAUCGGAAAGGAGUUGAUCUGUUGGCUGGAAUCAUACCAAAGCUAAAACAUCUACCCAAUGUACACUUUAUUAUCGGUGGUGAUGGACCCAAGCGUACCCUGCUGGAAGAAGUUCGCGAGCGUAACAACAUGCAGGACCGGGUGGUAAUGCUCGGUGCGUUGGAGCAUGCAAAGGUGCGUGACGUACUGGUACAGGGACACAUUUUCCUCAACACCUCGCUAACGGAAGCUUACUGUAUGGCUAUAGUGGAGGCGGCCGCAUGUGGGUUGCAGGUCGUAUCGACGAAAGUUGGUGGCAUUCCGGAAGUACUUCCCUCCAAUAUUAUGAUCCUAACCGAACCCACCGUUGAGUCGGUGUAUCGUGGCCUACGUGAAGCUAUCGAGCGUGAGAUGGAAAAGAAACAAAUCACGAGCAGACGUUAUAUGAAUGGGUCUAUAGAUGGACUAGUGGCGACACCGGCCCGAACAUCGUACAAGGGUCUGUGUGCGUUCGAGCGAAAUCAAAUUGUGGCCAAUUUGUACAACUGGAACAAUGUCACCGAGCGGACGGAAAAGGUGUAUCGGACGGCAUUACGGGAAACACCGGCUACGCUCGAAUUAAUGAUGAAAAACGUUCUCAAGAGUGGCGUAUGGCCAUUCGUACUAGUCAUUUCCUUGUGCCAUCUUAUUCUACGCUUCCUCGAUUGGUUCGUCCCCCGGAAGCAUAUAGACGUGUGCGUUGCGGACAAUCCCUUCCUUAGUCCCGGUUACGAGCGACAACGGCCGUCAACCAACACGGUUGGACUUACGGGUACGACGGUACGACGGAAGCGGGAAAAAUUCUCCUGACGUCAAGCAGCCCUUUGCUCGGUGGACGAAUGAAGGGCUGCGC